AUAACCAAAUCAAUCGAUACACUUUCUUGUUUUCAUUAAUUUCUGCAAUUUUCUGCAAAAAUUAUUCACACCAUCUGGUUUAUUAUUAAUUACUGCAAGUUAAACAGUAUUUAGUUGCAAUGAUAAAUUCCUGGAGUCCAGACAAAAAACACAGUGAAGUUGAAAGAUGGAUUUGCAUAUAUCCAGCGUACUUAAACAGCAAAAAGACGCUUGCCGAGGGACGCAAAUUGCCAAAAACAUACUGCGUCGAGAACCCCACUCACCAAGAGAUUCGAGAUGUACUUGUGGCUUCUGGUCUGCACGUUGGUGUUGAGAACAAGUUGUAUCCAAGAGAGCGCAGUAAGGAAAUGCUAUUCAGAGGAAGGAUUAGAGUCCAGAUCAAAAAUGACGACGGUACUCCGGUCAAACCAGAGUUUCCAACAAGGGAGUCUGUGAUGAGGUUUAUUGGAGAAUCUAUUCCUAAAUUGAAGACCCGACAGAAUAGACCAGCUGACCAGCAACCACAGACCACCCAUCAAGCUAGCAACAAAAGCAAGGGAAAGAAAGGACGCCGAUAAGUGUUAAGUUUAUUGUACAAAAAAAUAUUUACAUUUUUAUUAAAACUUAAUGUAACUUA